CGCCGGCCCGGGCCCGCCGCCCCCGGCGCGGCGUCGCCGCGGCGCCUCCCGCCCGCCCGCCGGCCCUCCCGCCCUCCUCCUUCUCCUCCGGCGGCGGCGGCGGCGGCGGUCCGGCCGCCCCGCGCUCCCCGGCGAGGCGCCGCCGCCCGGCCCGGCCUCGCCUCGGACGCCUCGCUCCGACAUGCCCCUCUCUGGUGGCCGGGCUCGCGGAGGAUCAUGACUGCGGCAGCGAACUGGGUGGCGAACGGGGCGAGCCUGGAGGAUUGUCACUCCAACCUCUUUUCGCUGGCUGAACUCACGGGAAUCAAAUGGCGUAGGUACAAUUUUGGAGGGCAUGGGGACUGUGGACCCAUAAUUUCAGCCCCAGCCCAAGAUGAUCCAAUCCUGUUAAGUUUCAUCCGUUGUCUGCAAGCCAACCUGCUGUGUGUGUGGCGUCGUGAUGUCAAACCAGAUUGCAAAGAGUUAUGGAUAUUCUGGUGGGGAGACGAACCCAACCUUGUGGGUGUAAUACAUCAUGAACUGCAGGUUGUGGAAGAAGGACUCUGGGAAAAUGGCCUUUCCUAUGAAUGUAGGACGCUGCUCUUCAAAGCGAUCCACAAUCUGUUAGAAAGGUGCCUGAUGGAUAAGAACUUCGUUAGGAUUGGGAAAUGGUUUGUCCGUCCCUAUGAAAAGGAUGAAAAGCCAGUCAACAAAAGUGAACAUUUGUCUUGUGCUUUCACAUUCUUUCUUCAUGGAGAAAGUAAUGUAUGUACAAGUGUGGAGAUUGCCCAACACCAGCCAAUUUAUUUGAUCAAUGAGGAGCAUAUACACAUGGCUCAGUCUUCACCUGCACCAUUUCAAGUACUAGUAAGUCCUUAUGGCUUAAAUGGGACGCUAACAGGCCAAGCAUACAAGAUGUCAGACCCAGCUACUCGUAAGUUGAUCGAGGAAUGGCAGUAUUUCUAUCCGAUGGUGCUAAAAAAGAAAGAGGAAUUGAAAGAGGAAGAGGAGUUGGGAUAUGAUGAUGAUUUCCCUGUAGCAGUCGAAGUAAUUGUUGGUGGUGUUCGGAUGGUUUACCCUUCAGCUUUUGUUUUGAUCUCUCAGAAUGACAUCCCAGUUCCUCAGAGUGUUGCCAGUGGUGGAGGCCACAUUACAGUUGGUCAGCAGGGGCUUGGUAGUGUGAAGGACCCUAGCAACUGCGGGAUGCCUCUGACCCCUCCCACCUCUCCAGAACAGGCUAUAGUAGGGGAGAGUGGAGGUAUGCAGAGUGCUGCCAGUCACCUAGGUUCCCAAGAUGGGGGCAUGAUAACUAUGCACAGUCCAAAGAGAUCGGGGAAGAUUCCUCCAAAACUCCACAAUCACAUGGUCCAUCGAGUCUGGAAGGAAUGCAUCCUCAAUAGAACCCAGUCCAAGAGGAGCCAAAUGUCAACUCCAACUCUUGAAGAAGAGCCUGCUAACAAUCCUGCUACUUGGGAUUUUGUGGAUCCAACCCAAAGAGUCAGCUGUUCUUGUUCCAGGCAUAAACUUUUAAAACGUUGUGCAGUAGGACCCAAUCGACCUCCCACAAUAUCUCAACCAGGGUUCAGUGCAGGACCAUCAUCAUCUUCAUCUUUACCGCCUCCUGCUUCUUCUAAGCACAAAACAACAGAAAGACAGGAAAAAGGAGACAAGUUGCAAAAGAGACCCUUGAUACCAUUUCACCAUAGGCCCUCUGUGGCUGAAGAGUUAUGCAUGGAACAAGAUACACCAGGACAGAAACUAGGGUUGGCAGGGAUAGACUCCUCCUUAGAGGUGUCUAGCAGUAGGAAGUAUGAUAAGCAAAUGGCCGUGCCUUCCAGAAAUACAAGCAAGCAAAUGAAUCUGAAUCCUAUGGAUUCACCUCAUUCCCCUAUAUCCCCUUUGCCGCCAACACUCAGCCCUCAACCACGAGGUCAGGAAACGGAGAGUUUGGACCCACCAUCUGUCCCUGUGAAUCCAGCCCUCUAUGGAAAUGGGCUAGAACUCCAGCCAUUGUCUACUCUGGAUGACAGAACUGUUCUCGUAGGCCAAAGACUGCCUCUGAUGGCAGAGGUCAGCGAGACAGCCUUAUAUUGUGGGAUUAGGCCGUCAAACCCAGAGUCAUCAGAUAAGUGGUGGCAUAGUUAUCAUCUCCCAUCCAGUGAUGAUGCUGAGUUCAGGCCUCCAGAGCUCCAGGGUGAGAGAUGUGAUGCCAAAAUGGAGGUAAACUCAGAGAGCAGUGCAUUGCAAAGACUCUUAGCACAACCUAACAAACGGUUUAAAAUCUGGCAAGACAAGCAGCCCCAUAUGCAGCCAGUCCACUUCCUUGACCCAUUGCCUCUAUCACAACAACCUGGAGACAGUUUGGGAGAAGUCAAUGACCCAUACACCUUUGAGGACGGUGACAUAAAAUACAUCUUUACAGCCAACAAGAAAUGCAAACAAGGGACGGAGAAAGAUUCCUUGAAAAAGAUUAAGUCAGAGGAUGGAUUUGGUACCAAGGAUGUCACUACACCAGGUCAUUCCACGCCGGUGCCUGAUGGGAAAAAUGCCAUGUCUAUUUUCAGUUCUGCUACUAAAACAGAUGUCCGGCAGGAUAAUGCUGCUGGCAGAGCUGGCUCCAGUAGCCUUACACAGGUGACAGAUUUGGCACCUUCCCUGCAUGACUUAGACAACAUCUUUGAUAAUUCCGAUGACGACGAACUGGGGGCUGUAUCACCCGCACUACGCCCACCAAAAAUGCCUGCAGUUGGGACAGAAGACCGACCUCUUGGAAAGGAUGGAAGAGCUGCUGUUCCUUACCCACCAACAGUUGCAGACUUGCAAAGGAUGUUCCCCACUCCUCCGUCUUUGGAACAGCAUCCUGCAUUUUCUCCCGUGAUGAAUUAUAAAGAUGGUAUCAGUUCAGAGACGGUGACGGCAUUAGGCAUGAUGGAGAGCCCUAUGGUCAGUAUGGUUUCAACACAACUCACAGAAUUCAAAAUGGAAGUGGAAGACGGAUUAGGAAGUCCCAAGCCAGAGGAAAUAAAGGACUUUUCAUAUGUACACAAAGUUCCAUCUUUUCAACCUUUUGUGGGAUCCUCCAUGUUUGCUCCACUGAAGAUGUUGCCGAGCCAUUGCCUGCUACCUCUGAAGAUACCUGAUGCCUGUCUGUUUCGGCCUUCAUGGGCAAUUCCUCCUAAAAUUGAACAACUGCCCAUGCCCCCUGCAGCCACUUUCAUUAGAGAUGGCUACAAUAAUGUGCCUAGUGUCGGGAGCCUAGCAGAUCCAGACUAUCUGAACACACCGCAGAUGAACACACCGGUGACGUUAAAUAGCGCUGCCCCAGCCAGCAACAGUGGGGCAGGAGUCCUACCAUCUCCAGCGACCCCUCGCUUCUCUGUCCCCACACCACGAACUCCCAGGACCCCAAGAACUCCCAGAGGUGGGGGCACUGCCAGUGGUCAAGGGUCUGUUAAAUAUGACAGCACUGAUCAGGGGUCACCAGCCUCUACCCCCUCCACCACACGGCCCCUCAACUCUGUGGAGCCUGCCACCAUGCAGCCAAUUCCUGAAGCCCACAGUCUGUAUGUCACCCUGAUUCUCUCAGAUUCUGUGAUGAACAUCUUUAAAGACAGAAACUUUGACAGCUGUUGCAUCUGUGCCUGCAACAUGAACAUCAAAGGGGCGGAUGUCGGGCUUUACAUCCCCGAUUCUUCCAACGAGGACCAGUACCGCUGUACCUGUGGGUUUAGUGCGAUCAUGAACCGUAAACUUGGCUACAAUUCGGGACUCUUCCUUGAAGAUGAGUUGGAUAUUUUUGGGAAGAAUUCUGAUAUUGGUCAGGCUGCGGAGAGGCGCUUAAUGAUGUGUCAGACCACCUUCCUUCCCCAGGUGGAGGGAGCCAGAAAAUCCCAGGAGCCACCCAUCAGCCUUCUCCUCCUCCUCCAGAAUCAACACACACAGCCUUUCGCUUCUCUGAGUUUCUUGGACUACAUUUCUUCUAACAGUCGCCAAACUCUCCCCUGUGUAAGCUGGAGUUACGACCGGGUGCAGGCAGAUAACAAUGAUUACUGGACGGAAUGCUUUAAUGCGCUGGAGCAAGGGCGGCAGUAUGUGGAUAACCCCACUGGUGGCAAAGUGGACGAAGCUCUGGUGAGAAGUGCCACUGUGCACUCCUGGCCUCAUAGCAAUGUGCUGGACAUCAGCAUGCUCUCCUCCCAAGAUGUGGUGCGUAUGCUGUUGUCCCUGCAGCCCUUUCUCCAAGACGCCAUCCAAAAGAAGCGCACAGGCCGGACGUGGGAGAAUAUCCAGCAUGUGCAGGGACCACUCACCUGGCAGCAGUUCCAUAAAAUGGCAGGACGGGGAACCUAUGGUUCAGAAGAAUCUCCUGAGCCAUUGCCCAUCCCCACUCUGCUGGUCGGCUAUGACAAGGACUUCCUCACCAUCUCGCCCUUCUCCUUGCCAUUUUGGGAGAGGCUGUUGUUGGACCCAUAUGGGGGCCACCGUGAUGUUGCCUAUAUCGUGGUGUGUCCAGAAAAUGAGGCCUUGCUCGAAGGAGCCAAAACUUUCUUCAGGGACUUGAGUGCUGUAUAUGAGAUGUGUAGGCUUGGGCAGCACAAGCCCAUCUGCAAAGUGCUACGCGAUGGCAUCAUGCGCGUGGGAAAGACUGUGGCACAGAAGCUGACGGAUGAGCUUGUGAGUGAGUGGUUUAACCAGCCUUGGAGCGGUGAGGAGAAUGACAAUCAUUCCAGACUCAAACUUUAUGCGCAAGUUUGCCGCCAUCACCUAGCACCUUAUUUAGCCACUCUGCAGCUCGAUAGCAGCCUGUUGAUACCACCUAAAUACCAGACCCCACCAGCAGCAGCACAGGGACAAGCUACGCCUGGAAAUGCUGGGCCUUUAGCUCCAAAUUCAGCAUCAACAGCACCCCCAGCUGGCAGUGCGUUUAAUCCCACCUCUAAUGGUAGUUCUACAAACCCUGCAACAAGUAGUUCCGCAUCUGGUUCCUCUGUGCCACCGGUCUCAUCGUCUGCCUCUGCUCCCAGUAUUAGCCAGAUCAGCACUACCUCUUCUUCAGGAUUCACUGGUAGUGUUGGAGGGCAGAACCCCAGCACUGGGGGCAGUUCUGCGGACAGAACGCAAGGGAACCUAGGUUGUGGUGGAGACACUGAGCCUGGGCAGAGCUCUUCUCAGCCCUCACAAGAUGGACAAGAAAGCAUUACAGAAAGGGAGAGAAUAGGAAUUCCCACGGAGCCUGACUCCGCAGACAGCCAAGCCUAUCCUCCAGCUGUUGUCAUUUACAUGGUGGACCCAUUCACUUACACUGCAGAGGAAGACUCAACUUCUGGAAACUUCUGGCUGUUGAGCUUAAUGCGCUGCUACACAGAAAUGCUGGAUAACUUACCUGAGCAUAUGAGAAAUUCUUUCAUUCUCCAGAUUGUGCCUUGCCAGUACAUGCUGCAGACAAUGAAGGAUGAACAAGUUUUCUACAUUCAAUACUUGAAGUCCAUGGCAUUUUCGGUGUACUGCCAGUGCAGGCGACCUCUGCCUACACAGAUCCACAUUAAAUCCCUCACAGGAUUUGGGCCCGCGGCCAGCAUUGAGAUGACCCUCAAGAACCCUGAGCGGCCCAGCCCAAUCCAGCUUUACUCCCCUCCCUUUAUAUUGGCCCCGAUCAAAGACAAGCAGACAGAGCUGGGAGAGACGUUUGGCGAGGCCAGCCAGAAGUACAAUGUGCUCUUUGUGGGCUAUUGUCUGUCUCACGACCAGCGCUGGCUUUUGGCUUCCUGCACUGACCUCCAUGGGGAAUUGUUAGAGACCUGCGUUGUAAAUAUUGCUUUACCAAACAGGUCGCGGAGGAGUAAAGUAUCUGCACGUAAAAUUGGACUACAGAAGCUGUGGGAAUGGUGCAUAGGAAUUGUCCAAAUGACAUCUCUUCCCUGGAGAGUUGUAAUCGGGCGACUUGGGCGUCUUGGCCAUGGGGAGCUUAAAGAUUGGAGUAUCCUCCUUGGAGAAUGUUCACUACAGACAAUCAGCAAACAGCUCAAGGAUGUGUGCCGGAUGUGUGGAAUCUCUGCCGCAGACUCUCCUUCUAUCCUUAGUGCCUGCCUGGUUGCCAUGGAGCCCCAGGGGUCCUUUGUAGUGAUGCCAGAUGCUGUCACAAUGGGCUCUGUUUUUGGCCGAAGUACUGCAUUGAACAUGCAGUCAUCUCAGCUUAACACCCCUCAAGAUGCUUCUUGUACACACAUCUUGGUGUUCCCAACAUCGUCAACCAUCCAGGUGGCUCCAGCCAACUAUCCCAAUGAAGAUGGGUUUAGCCCCAACAAUGAUGAUAUGUUCGUUGACCUUCCAUUCCCAGAUGAUAUGGACAAUGAUAUUGGCAUAUUAAUAACUGGGAACCUGCAUUCCUCCCCCAACUCCUCCCCAGUCCCCUCCCCAGGCUCGCCUUCUGGAAUUGGUGUGGGCUCUCACUUCCAGCACAGUCGGAGCCAGGGUGAACGUCUUCUUUCUAGAGAGGCACCAGAGGAGCUAAAACAGCAACCUCUGGCCCUUGGGUAUUUUGUAUCAACUGCCAAAGCUGAGAAUCUUCCCCAGUGGUUUUGGUCAUCGUGUCCACAGGCUCAAAACCAGUGCCCUCUCUUCCUAAAGGCUUCGCUGCAUCACCACAUCUCAGUAGCACAGACGGACGAACUCCUCCCUGCCAGGAAUUCUCAGCGGGUUCCACACCCUCUGGACUCCAAAACCACAUCUGAUGUGUUAAGGUUUGUUUUGGAGCAGUACAACGCUCUGUCCUGGCUCACGUGCAAUCCGGCCACCCAGGACCGUACUUCCUGCCUUCCCGUCCACUUUGUGGUGCUCACUCAGUUGUACAAUGCCAUCAUGAAUAUACUUUAAUUGGAAAAGCACUUGUUCUCUCUGGCUCAGUUCCUUCUCCCUGCAGCCUCAGUCCAAGGAACCUGCUCCACUCUGCAAAUACCCACAUCCUUUUCUUCAGACCACUCUCCACAGUCCUGCGCUGUGAUUCCUUCUCCGCAGGCACGUGUCAGUUCUGCAGUGUUCAUUACCAGAGUGACUCCUUGACACUUCUCUCAUGGACCUGGAAACUUCCAUGCGCAGUGACUUUCAGCCAGUGUUGUGUGUGCAGCCCCCAACCACUGGUCCACAGGAAGUGGUGGUGGUUGGUGGCUUUUAAGAGGGAAACAGAAGAGACAGUGUCCUUUUGCACAAGAGUCUUUGUUUUCAGCCUCUGUUUAAAAACGAGGGCUGUCAGCCCUUUGGAUGAAAUCCUCUAGUCAUUGGUGUAUGGCCUGUGGGUUACCUGAACUCCGUAAUCUGGGACUUUUUAAAAAUAAGAACCAGCUCCAAGUGUGUGACUUGACAGGGGUCUCUGUCUCCCUAGUGCCCCCAUCUAGACUGGCGCGAGUGCUUGGGUUGGCUCCAUACCUGUGUGUAGGUACAGAAGGUCUGGAGACAGCUUCAUUUUGUUUAUUUAUUUUCAGUUGCUUUGUCAUAUGGUUUUUGUGACUUUCUUUUAAUUUUUUUAAUUCGCAAGGACCAGGUACAGUAGCUGAAACCCAACUCAGAUCCACCAUAGGAUUCUUUGACUACAUACCUCUGUCCUAGAAGCAAGAAAAGCAAUGAAAGCAAAUUGGGGAGAUCAUGCCUAAACCAUACUAUAUUCAAAACCACUCAGCAGUAGGUUUUGUUAAGAACAAACUGGGUUUUAAAAGUUCUGCCAUGUUAAGUGGCCAGUGUUUCAUGAAGGAUAACAUUUUUAUAUAGAAGGCAGUCAAGCUCAACCCAGGGCCGUGGAGGCAAGUACCUUAAUUAGUUUUAUAUAGUCACAACGGAAAUAUAUUUUCUAGUGAAUUCUUAUUGCAAGCCAGGUCUCUCCUCUCAUUAGAUCAAAAGGGACUUAUGUACAUAUCACAAUUGAAAGUGUUUGCUCAUAAAAUCAGUUAUAAAUAUGGUGAAUUUUUUCUGGACCAUAGGAAUAUUAUUUCAAAGAAAUAUUACAACUUAACCAUUAAAUUAGUACUUGAAGUUGAGCCUUUGUGGUGGGGACUUUUUAAAAAAUGCCUUUUUAAAGCAUUAAUGGCUAAUUGAAGUAUUUUAUGACUCCUCAUUCCUGGCCCAGAGGGUUUUCUUUGAGACCCUGUUUCUCACCCUUGUUUGGUGUCUUUCUGUCUGAGGGCAGUGGGCGUGGACCGGCCUCCUGGGGCCACUUUGACCAGGCCAUUGAGCUCUUGGCAUCCGUGGAGAGAAUCAUGCAAAUUUUAAAAGUUCUCCCAAGAGACUUCUAUGUCCUGGUUAUUAACAAAAAAAGGAAAAAUGUAAUAAUUGAUAUGAUUUUGUAAAAGUAUUUUUCUUGAAAUAAUCUAAAGUUUAAAACAUUAUAUUAAAAUAAAAGUUGUGUGGUGGGAGUGUGAAAGCAGAGAAACAACUUGUAAAUGGAUAAUUUUGUUCUCUGUACCACCGAUCGAAGGGGGGGUUGACUUUCGCAAUGUAUAGGUUAAAAAAAUCUGAUAUAUCAAACCAUUUGUAUCUAAUGUGUACAGUGUAAAAUUGACUUUAAAAAUAUUGCAGUGCUAUUUUUUCUUAAUCAGAAAGGAAAAUUCUCAAGGCCUUUUGAAGAGCAUAAGAUGAUGAAGAUUGUAAACUUGUAUAAAAUUAUCUUGGUGAGAAGACAAAUUGUAAAGUAGAUAUUUGUAAUCUUUUACCACUUUGGGGUUGCUUUUUUCCCGGAAUUCAUCAGAACUUUGAAUUUUUUUUUUUAAAAUGGGCUGUUUUUAAUGCAGGGGCUUUUCUUCCCUAGACACCCAAUUCUAAGCAGAAAAAGAAAAAAAACACAAAAAACAAAAAAAACCCUACAAAAAAUUAAAAAAAAAAAAAAGGCAGCAAAGGGUAGUUUUCAUCUGGUGUCUUUUAUUUAAGUUUUUUAAGUUAAGAAAAGCUGGUGACAUAUUUAUACGUUUUUGUGCAAAAAUAAAUGAAUGGCAAUAGAUUUUAAAAAAUCUUAUUAUGUACUUCUGUGUGAAAAAGUCUGUAUAAUAUUUCCCUUAAAUAUGCAUUAUUUUACUUGUGAGUUUUUUACUGAAUUAAUCUGAAAUGUACAAGCCCUGGAUUUGCUACAGAGUGAGAAGUUAUUUUAUUUUUUUUUUAUUUUUAAUUUUGGAAAUUCUGCAGAAAUCAGAACUCUUACCAUGGUUUGAACUAAACAGGGGAAGUGGGGAGGGGAGAAGGGUGGGUUUGUCCAGCAUGCUUGUAUGUAUAUUUCAGAACCUUUUUUAAAUGUAAAAGCUGUACAUUUCUGGGAAGUUCUGAAUUUCUUUUGUUUCCUUUUUUCCUUCGAGCAUUUUGCAGUGAGCUUCUUUUAUAUAUAGCAAACAAUUUGAAAGAAUACAAAAAAUAUGUGAAGUUCAUUUAAAAAAAAUAACUACAGUAUAGCGCUGGUACAGUACACUAAAAGACUUUGAUAAAAAGAAACAAUAAUAAAAGGCCUCCAUUUUAAAUGUCAUUCAUAUAUACCUUGUGGAUGAGAGCUAUAUACUUUUACACACUUUUUUAGAGGAAUAAAUUAUUGAAUUACUGAAA